AUGCUGCUGCUGCUACUGGGCUUUCCCUUUGGGAAAAAUGUUUUCUUAUUUGUAGUAUUGUGCUUCCCGGGAAAGCAGUCACUUGUGUGUAUAUGUGUGUGUAUGCACACACAGGCAUGUACACAGUGUGUGUAUGUGGAAAUCUGCCGAGCAAGUCAAAACCAUAGAAGAGUUGCCUCUUAUCUCUCAAAUCUUCCAGAGAUACCACUUGUUACAGCUUUUGUGUUAACCCUCAUCAACCCCUACUUUUUUUAUUCUGCCACUCCUGGGGAGUCUGUUGGUGGCUCUCUUUCUUUCUCUCAGUGUUUUUGA